AUGAAGCAUAAUAUAUCACAGUGAAUUGAAUUGAGAAUUUAAAGUUUUUUAAAAAGUAAACAAACCAAAAACACGUGAAGUUCAUGAGGAAUUUCAGAAAUAUUUAAUUAAACUAAAGAGAGAGCAUAAAUUAAAAGAUGGGAGUGACAAAACAGUAUAUGAGAUAUAAACCAACAUCAAUAUUCAACAUUAUAGCUAGUUCUCGUGCAAAUGGAACUUUCAUAGAAUUUAAUCAGACAUCAAAUGGCAGAUUCUGGGCUAAUGGAGCUGCUGAAAAUGUUCUUAUUUGGGAUCUUAGGACCGGUGAGAGAGUUGCAGAACUAAAUCGCGACAAAGAGGAAGUUACAUACUUAAAGUCCUUUGAGAACAAGCUAGCUGUAGGAUAUAGCGAUGGAAAUAUUGUAAUCUUCGAUCUAGACACAAGAACUAAUGAAUGCAUGUUCACGCCACAUAAAUCAGCAAUCUCGUGCCUCCAAUUUGACAAAAAUGGACUUAAUUUGCUGUCUGGAAGUUUAGAUACAGACUUAGUUGUAUCAGAUCUUGUUGAUCAAGCUGGAAAAUAUCGAUUAAGUGGACAUAGAGGUGCUGUUACAGAUUGUCACUUUCUAGAAAAUUACGAGAAUAUAGCAAUUUCAAGUUCAAAAGACAUGCAAAUUAAGUUUUGGAACAUUGAUACACAGUUUUGCUUUAAAACGAUUGUCGACAAUACAUCUGAAGUUUGGGGACUUGCAUUGCUCAGAAAUGAAUCAUUUUUGGUGACUGGAUGUAAAGAAACAGCAUUAAGAGUUUACAAACUUACAGAAAACAAGUCACACAAUGAAAAUAAGACAGUCUCAGAUUCAAGUAUGCUGUUAACUGAUGACGACUCAUUUAGUCCAAUUAGAUGUAAUUUCGUGGGAAUGAUUCAGAGAGCUGGAAGAGGUCGAACAGUGAAUUUAAUUACAGACAGUUUAGGACAAUAUUUAGCAUGUACAGGAACAGACGAUGAAAUUGAAAUUUUCUACUUUAAUUCAUCAGAAGAGUCCUUAAAAAAGUUGUCUAAAAGGCUCAAAAAACUUUCAGUCAAGAAAGAUGAGCUGAAUGAAGAUAGUAAGGAAAUAAGUCUAUCUGAUGAAAUUAAGAGAAUUGGAUCAAUCAAGACAAAAGAGAAAGUCAAGUCAAUAGACAUGAUUUCAAAUGCAACAGGUGAACUUCGUAUUGGUGCUGUUUUUGGCAAUAAUCUCAUCAGAUUAUACAGCAUUAAUUCAGCUCAAAAACAUCCAGAACCACUGCUUCUUAAAUCAAUUUCACAACAAGGACAUCACUCAGAAUGUCGAAGUGUCUCAUUCAGUUCUGAUAAUUUAGCAAUUGCAUCUGGAUCAGGUGAUUCAUUAAAAAUUUGGAAUCGAUCAUCAUUGUCAUGUUUAAGAACAAUUGAAACUGAUUAUAUCUUAUCAACAUGUUUUGUGCCUGGCGAUCGACACGUCUUGUUGGGUACGAAAAAAGGUGAUUUAAUAAUUGCUGAUAUUGUUGUUGGUGAAAUACUUGAAACAAUUCGUGCACAUGAAAAGGAACUGUGGAGUGUUAGUUUAGCACCUAAUUUAAGGAGUUGCGUAACUGGUGGUGGCGAUAAUACUGUCAAAUUUUGGUCAUUUGAAUUGAUUAAUGAUCCAAAUAAUGAAUCCAAUAAAGUCUUGUCAGUCAUUCAUAAAAAUACAUUGGAAUUAGAAGAGAAUGUCUUGGUCGCUAAAAUUACUCCAGAUAAUAAAUACAUCGUAGUAUCCCUGCUUGAUUCCACAGUAAAAAUCUUCUUUAUGGACUCAUUUAAAUUUUUCUUAUCACUUUACGGUCACAAGCUGCCUGUUUUAUGUUUCGACAUCUGCUAUGAUAAUCUCCUCAUUGCAACUGGAUCGGCUGAUCGUAAUGUAAAAAUCUGGGGCAUGGAUUUUGGUGACGUACAUCGGUCACUAUUUGCACAUGACGACUCAGUCAUGGCACUACAAUUUAUUCCUAAAACUCACAUGUUCUUUACAUGUGGAAAGGAUGGAAAGAUAAAGCAAUGGGAUGCAGAUUCAUUCAAUAAAAUUCUCACAUUGCCUGGUCACAUUGGUGAGGCAUUUGGAUUGACGAUAAGUCCAAAUGGACGAUAUGUAGUUACAUGUGGAUCAGAUAGAACUUUGAGAAUGUAUGAAAGAAGUGAUGAGCUUUUAGUUCUACAGGAUGUUGAGGAAGAGGAACGCGAAGAGAUUGAAAAUCGAGAAUUGGCAACAGGUGAAGAUUCAGCAGUUCCUGGAUUGCCUGGACUUAAUCUACCAUCGAAGAAAACUGUUGGUGCUGAAAAGGCAGCAGAAAAUAUUAUCGAAAGUCUUGAAAUUGGACGUAAAUUUGAUGCUGAAGAAAGUAAGGAAAUUCCUCCAAUUAUGCAGUUUUAUGAAGCUACAAAUUCGAAUGACUACUUGCUUGGUGUCUUUUCUAAAAUUAGAGCAAGUGAUUUAGAGGAAUCACUGUUAUUACUGCCAUUUUCUAAUGUCUGUGAAAUUCUCGAAAGACUUCCAAAAAUUGCAGAAUCACGAAAGGAUCAAAUUGAGUUAAUAUCAAAAGUUGUGCUGUUUCUCUUUCGCAUUCAUCACAAGCCAAUUGUCACAAAUCAAGUUCUCCUUCCGUCCAUCCAAAAGCUCAUUAAAAGCCUCGAAGAAUCAGUAAAGGAAGUUCGUGACAUGGUCGGUGAAAAUGUUCAUGCUAUGAGCUUAUUACAGCGACGAAUUGAAGGACAAGACAAAGUUGAACUGUUCAAGGAUGCAACGCGAGCGAGACGAGUCAGAAAUCAACGACAAAAGAAGCGACGAAUUGCUAAAAGAUUGCACAUGCAGAUUGCUGCUUAAAACUUUUAUGUUUUGGAUAUACGUUUAAUUUUUUUUAUUAAUUAAUAAUCCAUUGAAGUAAGAAUAAAAAGGAAUUAAC